AUAUAUAUAUAUAUAUUGUAUAUAAAUGUCAUUUUCCUUAUAUACUCAUAAUAUCUCGGUCUUUCUUUUUUUAACACUACUCUAUUUUGUUUUUGAGUUGAAACUUUCCAAAACCCCAAAGUUGGAAUCGUGGUGGUUGCUAUGCUCACUAUCUCUCUCACUUUUCAAGUCGUUUCCUUUACGUCAGAGCAAAAGACCAGCAAAUAUGUAAGAACCAGGAAAUAUUAGAAAAAAAAAAUGAAAGUGGCAGAAGAAGAAGAAGCCAAAGUCCACCUCCAUUUCCAUUUCAUUUCUCUCAAAGACUAAUCAAAGUCUGCUCCUUUUUUUUCUUCUUCUUCUUCUUUGUUUUAAUUUUUCCAUUUCUCCUCUGUUCCCAUCAUCAUCAUCUAUAUUCAUGUAGUAGCUCUAAGCCAAAAGCAAUUAAUUUUUUGUUUCCCUUCUCCUCUUUACUUGCACCUAUUUCGAUUUUUUGUCUUCGUUGCACCUCUCUUUCCUUUUUUGAACUUCUUUUGCUUCUUUAUACACAAAAUCAAAAUCCCAACACAACCCAUUUGUGUCUUUUUUUCUUUUUUUUUUUUUUUAAUCCCUCUUUUGCUCUGUUUUUGGGGGUUUUCUGAAUGAUGGCUGCUUUGGAUGCUCUGUUUUCAAGGGCUUUCUUGAUUCUGGUGCUGGCCCUUUUGUUGAUUGUAAUUAACAAGAGUGAGGCAAGAUUCGUGGUGGAGAAGAGCAGUGUUAGUAUACUUGAUCCUCUUGAUCUCAGGUCAAAGCAUGAUGCUGCUAUUGGCAAUUUUGGUGUGCCUGAUUAUGGAGGUUCAAUGGUUGGGAGUGUUGUUUAUCCUCAGCAAGGUGCAAAUGGUUGUUCUGCCUUUGAUGGUGAUAAGCCUUUCAAGUCCAAAACUACUCGUCCCACUAUCCUGCUCCUUGAUCGAGGAGGUAAUUUUAUAUUUUCCACCAAUUUAAAAUUUUAAUUUUUGUCCCUUCCAAUAUGCAUGUGUUAAUGGAAUCAUGAGAUGUUCAUCAAAAUCAAUAGAGUUUUGAUAAGUUAGAUAUUUGGGUUUGAUGUGAACAGCUGAGUUCCUUCAUCUUCUUCUUCUUCGUUUUUUCUUCUUGUUUUGGUGGGUUCAACUGGUAUUUUUCGGGGAGAGCUUCUUUUACUAUUUUAUUAUAUUAUUAUUAUUUUUUUUUUGUCUGUUUGGGAAAUGGGAACUUGAGCUGGUCUUUGUGGAAGUAUCUUGAGGGUGAAACCUGGGGCCUAGUUCUCCUGUUUUAUAAAUUUUGUACUCUGCUUUUCAUGGUCAGCUUUCCUGCAUGCUUUCCAUGUGGUCCUCUGGUCUGAACAAGUUUCUCGUUCUUUUGUAAAAAAUUGACCCAUUUUUGUUCAAUAGUCUCUAUUGAUUAUGGGUAACAUAGGAUUUGCCCACUGAUUCAUCAUCUAUUACAUUCAGUAGUACUAACAAAAUUCAAUGCAAUUUCAACAAAUUAAGAGACGGUUCAGAGAGUUUUUGGGAGGUGAGAUCAAAGGAUUGCAGGUUGAAAUGGAUCUAGGAGGAUAGUUGCUCAGUUAAAAGAUGUAUCCUUGCUCUAUUCUGUUAUUACAGAACCAUGGAUGAUUCUGAUUUCUAGGUGGUUAAGAAAACCGAAUCUUUUCGGUAGCCUGAAAUAGGAAAUAGACAAACCCUGCAAUAGGGAAAGAGUAGGAAAGGUCAUUGCUGUUUCAAUUUUUUAUUUAACUUUAUUAAUCAAGGUCAUGGCAGACUUGAGGUAUUUGUUCCCCUCCAUUUUAUUUGGGAAAAUUCUUGAAGUCCUCAACAGAGAAAUGUUGUGAAAGAAAAGAAUCUGAAUUCAAAAUUUUCAAACCAAGUGUAUAUAUGCUUCUUUUGGGUGCUACAGUGCUAGUCGAACUUGCAGAUAUGCAUAUAAUUGUCACUUGCAGAGGUGAAUGUAGCAAUUUAGAAGAGAAAAGGAAAAGGCUGUUACUUCGCUCUGAAAGUUUGGAAUGCACAGCAGGCUGGAGCAGCAGCAGUUUUGGUGGCUGAUACUGUUGAUGAGCCGCUGAUUACAAUGGAUUCUCCCGAGGAGAGUAAAGAUGCAGAUGGAUACUUAGAGAAGAUUGAAAUCCCUUCGGCGUUGGUUGAUCAUUCUCUUGGCCAGAAGUUGAAGGGUGCCUUGAAGGAGGCUAAGGAUGUUGUGGUAAAGAUUGACUGGUCUGAAUCAAUGCCCCAUCCAGAUGAAAGGGUCGAGUAUGAGCUAUGGACUAAUAGCAAUGAUGAGUGUGGAGUUCGCUGUGAUGAACAAAUGAAUUUCAUCAAGGAUUUUAAGGGCAAUGCUCAAAUUCUUGAGAAGGGAGGAUACACCCUUUUCAGACCUCACUACAUAACUUGGUACUGUCCUGAGGCUUUUCUUCUCAGCAGUCAAUGUAAGUCACAGUGCAUAAAUCAUGGUAGAUAUUGUGCGCCUGAUCCAGAAGAGGACUUCGGGAUGGGGUAUCAAGGAAAGGAUGUGGUGUUGGAAAACUUGAGACAACUUUGUGUGCAUAAGGUUGCAAAUGAAACCAAUCGCCCCUGGGUUUGGUGGGAUUUUGUGACAGAUUUCCACAUCAGAUGCUCGAUGAAGCAAAAGAAAUAUACCAAAGAUUGUGCAGAAGAGGUCGUCAGAUCACUGAAUCUACCAAGCGAGAAGAUUAAAGCAUGUAUGGGUGACCCUGAAGCCGAUGUGGAAAAUCAAGUUCUGAAAUCUGAACAGGAUCUUCAGAUUGGGCAUGGAUCACGAGGCGAUGUUACCAUCUUGCCAACAUUGGUCAUAAACGAUGUUCAAUACAGAGGAAAAUUGGAGCGGACUGCUGUCUUGAAAGCCGUUUGUGCUGGAUUCAAGGAGACUACUGACCCUCCCAUUUGUCUUAAUGGAGAUAUUGAGACCAACGAAUGCCUUGAGAAUAAUGGUGGCUGUUGGAAGGAUUCACAUUCCAACAUAACGGCGUGCAAGGAUACAUUUAGGGGAAGAGUUUGUCAGUGUCCUGUGGCAAACGGUGUACAAUAUAAAGGAGAUGGGUACACUUCGUGUGAGGCCUUUGGACCUGGAAGAUGUAUGAUCAAUAAUGGUGGGUGCUGGUCAGAAACCAGAGAUGGACAAAAGUUUUCAGCUUGCCCAGAAUCCGAUCUAACCGGCUGUCGCUGUCCACCUGGUUUCAUUGGAGAUGGCCAUAAAUGUGAAGAUAUUGAUGAAUGCAAGGAAGGCAAUGUUUGCCAGUGUGAGGGCUGUAGCUGUAAGGACACAUGGGGCGGAUAUGAAUGUAAAUGCAAAGGGGAUAAGCUUUACAUAAAGGAGCACGACACAUGCAUUGAGAGGCACACAUCAAAAUUUGGAUGGUUCCUUACACUUGUGGUUUUAGCGAUAGCACUUGGCGCUGGUGUAGCUGGUUAUGUCUUCUACAAAUAUAGACUUCGAUCUUAUAUGGACUCGGAGAUCAUGGCAAUUAUGUCGCAGUACAUGCCACUGGAUAACCAACAAAAUCAGGUAGUCCAUCAUGAAGCCGAGCCUCUGCAACCACGUUCAUCUGUGUAGAAAGAUUCCUCCUCCUGAUUGCUGGUGUCAUUAGCUACAUUGAAGAAGACUCGCCAAAUCUAUCAAUCUUAGAAGCGAAAGUUCCCAUGAGAGCCAGUUUUUCAUUUAAAGAUCCAGGGAACUGACCAUUGCAAGUUACCUGUGAUGGUGUGCAUAAAGUGCAUAUUGUACAUAAGAACCACAGAGAUGUAAAGUUUUGAUUUUAAACAUAGGGUGGGUUUAAUAUAGAACUUCCAUAUACCAUGUUAAAAAUAUAAGGACCAAUAAAUUUCAGAGUACAAAACCUGAAAUGUUUUAAGAGCCUUGAGAUGCAUAACAGGUAUUGUAGGGGUAGGUUAGGCUAAUGUGUCAGUGCGUUCAUCUUCUACUGAUUUGAAACUGAAAAAAAAAAAAAAAAAAAAAAAGUCUACUUUGUCGAAUUAGUGAGACGAGACGAUGUACCCGUUUAAACAGACAAAUGCAACAUCUUGUUCCUAAAACUCUUAAGAUACUGUUAGUAGUAAAAACAAAUUUUCUAUCAACAACAUUCUUUUUUUAUUCUCAUAUAAUAGAAACACUAAAUCGACCUAAGUGGGAUCUGGGACAUGAAGAACCCCCUGAGAGAGGGACAACGUAGCAGGAUCCGAAGAAGAUGUAGCCGAUGAAGAAGAUGGCACUGGAUCACAGCAAACUUUCCUACACCAGCUUCCGGCGGAAUUUGAGCCCGAGAAUCCAGGCGCAGUCCGUUCGGCCUACAUUCAUAACUUGAAACUUUAAAUUUAGCAAGGAACUCAAGGAAUUCCCUGCAGUUUGAUAAUCCAACCAAUUUGUAUGUCUGAGUAACUCACUGAACCAGGGCUUUC